AUGCUAUCAAAUUUUGGGUUUGGUGAUAAAUGGGUGAAGUGGAUUCACACCUGUAUUUCCUCAGCAAGAAUCUCUGUGUUGGUUAAUGGUUCCCCCACACCUAAAUUCUGCCCCCAAAAAGGGCUUAGGCAAGGUGAUCCAUUAUAUUUUCUUUUUAAUGUGGUGGCUGAGGGUUUGAACCUACUUCUUGUAAGAGCAAAAGAGUUGGGCUUGGUCAAAGGAGCAAUCAUUGGGUCAAAUGCCAUCAACAUCUCCCAUCUCCAAUUCACGGAUAACACAAUUAUUUUCUGUGAAGCUGAGUGGUCUGAAAUGCUAACUGUCAAGAGAAUACUUAGAUGCUUUGAGAUCAUUUCUGGGCUGGAGAUCAACUUUCAUAAGAGUGGGGUUUAUGGAGUAGGAUUGUCAGAGGAGUGUGUGAAAAAUUUUGCCUCAAGGCUGAACUAUACAUAUCAGAAGCUUCCAUUGAAGUACCUUGGUUUUCCAUUAGGGGCAAAACCCAUCUAG